AUGUCGGACCCGGACCACACGUCUAAGCGCAGGAAGCUCAGUCCUUCCCCGGAGAAUACUGUUACUAGCUCUUCAACGAAACAGACAUCGAAAGUGACCGAGAAGCGAAACCCGACUCGAGGCAAAGAUGAGCGCUCCGCAGAGCUUGCAAUGGCCAGCGGCUUUUACAAAUCCAGUUUCUUCAAGCUGCAAAUGGACGAGCUACUGGAGGGAUUGAGACCUAACUACAGCAAACAAGUCUCAAAGGUUCAGGAAACACUACACCAAAUCAAGACCGCCAUUGAAGGCCUGCCCGAAAAGUCUCCGCAAUCUGUCCCCGAUGCCGAGAAGGAGCUACGUGCUUCUGGUCUGGUGAUUCCAUGGCCCGAGCCUCGGCCAAGCAAAGAUGUCAAGUACAGCAUGGCAUACGCAAAGCCAGCGAACAUCAACGUGGUAGGUAGCUUUGCGCUUAAGACAGGCGCUCGCACUUUGGAGUCGCGCCCAAUUGAUCUGGCAAUCACUAUGCCAAGUUCGCUGUUCCAGGAGAAGGACUACGUCAACUUCAGAUACUUCCACAAACGCGCCUAUUAUAUCGCUUGCGUGGCCGCUGGGAUUCAAGACACCGCGGAUACCCUAGGGUUUGAUAUCAAAUUUGGCCCCCAGGAUGGAGACAGCCUCCGUCCUCUCAUCUUGUUGGAACCGCGUCAAGCCGAAUCAUCUGGGCCGACCAUCCGAAUUCUGACCGCAAUCGAUCCUACGUUGUUCCCGGUCACGAGAACGCUUCCACUCAAAAGCAAUAUCCGCCAAGCUUCCAAUAACUCGGAGAUCGGCGAACCGACCUCGUAUUACAAUGCCAGCCUCCGUUCCGAUGCCACAGUCUCUCUCUACCACAAGUCUAUCUACUCGGCCUCCAAGAAAUGCAGUUCUUUCAGCGAUGCAUGCAUUCUUGGCCGCACUUGGUUGCAACAAAGAGGCUUCCAUACCCCCUUCCAGAAUGGAGGCUUUGGUGGUUUCGAAUGGACUGUACUUCUGUCUUUGCUGUUUGAAGGCGGUGGUCCGGCUGGACAACCGGUCUUGCUGCCAUCAUAUAGCUGCUACCAAAUUUUCAAGGCCACCAUCCAAUUCUUGGCCGGCAGGGAUUUGACCACUCCUUUAUUCUUUGGCCAAGAGGUCCCAGUUCCUUCCGGGGUCCCCGUUGUCUUUGAUGGCCGUAGAGGGUUGAACAUUCUUUACAAAAUGACGCCUUGGUCAUACGCAACACUGCGUCAUGAAGCCGCCGUCACCCUAAAAAUGCUCAAUGAGUCACGAGAGGACAACUUCGAUAAGGUUUUCAUUCUAAAGGUUGAUGAACCAGCCCUCAGAUUUGACCGCUUGAUCUCAUUCCCCAAGUCAUUCAAUGGAGACACGCUCCGCGCUCUUCACGAGCAGAAUGCUUUGUAUAAUGUUCUUUCCCGGGCUCUGGGAGACAGAGUCAAACUUGUCUCUAUUGUGAGCCGCGCCGUUGAUUCGUGGUCAGUCAAGUCCAAGCAGCCCAAACGGUCGAGCCAGGGUGUGUCUGUAGGACUGUUGUUGAAUGCUGAAAACGUCGGACGAAUUGUCGACCACGGUCCGGCCGCAGAAGAAAAAGAAGAGUCUGCUUCGUUCCAAGCUUUCUGGGGUGAAAAGUCGGAGCUUCGACGAUUCAAGGAUGGCAGCAUCCUGGAGAGUCUUGUGUGGUCUGACGAGUCAGACACAUCUGUCAUCUAUCAGAUUUUGGAGUACAUACUCCAGCGGCACUUCAAGAUCACCGCCGAUGAAUUCGCGUUUGUUGGUGAUGAAUAUGACGAGCUCCUUAAGGAGCAUGGCGAUGGCAUUCUAGCAUACUCCAGCCCUGCUUUCCAGUCAAUCGAUGAUGCUUUCAACGAUCUUGAGAGGUCUAUUCGCAGCAUGGACGAAGUGCCACUGGAGGUACGUCACUUGGCCCCGGCUAGUUCGCUUCUUCGUUAUACCUCCCUCAGACCAACGGGAGCCACAGACGUUGUACUUCAGUUUGAAAGCUCCUCGCGUUGGCCUGAUGACUUCGCGGCCAUCCAAAUGACCAAGGUUGCAUUCCUUUUGAAAAUUGGAGACUCUCUGAAGUCAUCAGGUGCUGCCUCGUCUUGCCGUGUAGGCCUCGAAAAUGAAUCGAGCAAGGUGAUCAACAAUGCGUAUCUGGAAAUCCCCCAUUCUUCUGGCGUGUUGUUCCGGUUGAGGAUUCACCACGAGCGUGAACAAACCCUACUCGAGCGCAAUCUCAAGGACCGAAAUCUGAGUCCUCGGGAACGAGAAGAGGCAGCCUAUGCUCUCUUCGCCUACAAGAAAACCUUUGUCCAAACUCCGCGCUUGACACAGGCACUCCGAAGCCUGUGCACACGCUUCCCCUUGUUGUCGCCCACCAUUCGUCUUACCAAGCAAUGGUUUAACUCUCACCUGUUUACUGCCCAAAUCAGCGAUGAGUUGAUUGAAUUGCUGGUAAUUCGCACCUUCACUCAACCUAACCCUUGGGAAUGUCCUUCGUCUGUCAUGACCGGAUUCCUAAGGACUCUUCACUCCCUCUCUCGGUGGGACUGGCAGCAGGAGCCCUUCAUUGUUGACCUGGGAGGUGAUCUAACACCACAAGUGACGGAAAAUAUCCGCACUCGCUUCACAGCCUGGCGCAGCAUCGACCCUGCGAUGAACAGCCUGGCCUUUUUCGUCGCGUCUGACAUUGAUACGGAAGGGGUCACCUGGACUCAAUACGAGAUGCCCUCCAAGGUUGUGGCUGCUCGAACUUCUAGCCUGGCGAAAGCAGCAGUAAGCCUGCUACGAAGCAAGACCCACGAUAUAGAUGUUUCCGAGCUGUUUGAUACCUCUCUUGCUCCUUACGACUUUGUCAUCCAUCUUCGCCCAAAGCUGUUUAGCGGCGCCUCAGCACCCAAGUUCAAGAACUUGGCGGAACCCCGUGCUGGAAUGAUGCAGACCAUCAAGUCGUUUGUAUGUGAUGUACAAGCCUGCUACAGCCAGAGCAUCUUGCUCUUCCACGGAGACGAUCGUUGUGCAGUGAUUACUGGUCUUUGGAACCCGCAGACCCUGAAGUCGCGGCCUUGGAACCUGAAGACGGCGUACUCGACCGCUCCAGGUGAUACCAAGGGUGAGGUCGUAAUCAACCAGACGGCUAUUCUGAAUGAGAUUGCGAGGUUGGGCAAUGGGCUCAUCGAAAACAUCGAAGUCCGUGCAGAGGAGAGCGCAGCAGACAAAUUAAAACGCUAUGUCGAAUUCGGCCGCGCAUACGUGACCUUCUACAAAACGGGCCUAAAAAACGUCUACCGCAACUACCGCGCCUCGCUCCCUCUACGGAGGAAACUAGGUCUACCCGCCUACAUCCCGAUAUCCCCGCCGCGGACAAGCACACACAACAGCAAUAACGGCGGCGCGCCAUCAACAACACAAGAAUUCAAGCUCGGCCGCGCGCAAUUCCAGCUCGUCCGCCGCUCAGCCCGCGAUGUCCGUCGCAUGAUCCCCUUCACGAUGAUCCUGAUCAUCUGCGGCGAGUUCACACCCCUAAUCAUCCCGAUAUUCGGCUCUGCCAUUACACCCGCGACGUGUCGUGUGCCCUCGCAGGUGGAGAAGGAGCGCGUUGCUGCUACAGCGCGUAAACUCGCGGCGCUAGAUGUAUUUGUUGCUGAGAAUAAAGAUCGAUCUGUGCAUUUGCUCAAGGCGGGCGGUGCAGAGCAGUUGGCUCUACUUGCUAGGUGUUUUGCUGAUCCCGUCUGGGUUGCUAGUGCGGGCUCCGCGGAUGUGUUGCGUGCCUGCGCUGUUUUUGGUCUGGUUAAGCGUCAUGAUAGGACUGCGGGCGAGUCGCUUGCUGGUUUGAUCUACCGGCCUCGGCUGGCGCGAUAUGUUGAGUACCUGUCUAUUGAUGACGGGAUGAUUCGUGUUGGCGGAGGGGUUUCUGCUAUGAAUGCUACUGAGGUGCGGAUUGCGGUUGAGGAGCGUGGUGGUGUGGACGUCUCUUCUGGUACUCAAGACCGCAAACGUGUAGAAGGGUUGGAGAGGCGCUGGUUGGAGCAGUGGCUGGCUGUUCGUGGAAACAGUUCGAAGUCCAAGAAGCUGUAA